CGUAGAAUCUCAAACUCAAUUAGGGUUCCUUUCGAACACAUUCUUGUUCUCUCCGAUAAACAUCCUUAGGGUUUUACCGUUCGUUAAUUAUCCACACAAUCCGAACAAUUAACAUCGAAUUCGUACAUCUGUCUGAUUCACUAGACGAAUACACAAAACGUAUUGCAUCAGAGAAAACAACACAUGGAGGGAGGGGGUGAAGAGGUCAGCAUAGAGGAGCUCUCAUCGAAUCUUUCCACUUACAAGCAACAGCUUCAAGAGGUGAGGAAGCUGUUGAAGAAUGAUCCUGGCAAUGCCGAGUAUGCUGACGUGGAGAAAGAGCUCGUGGAGGUGAUUGCUUUGACUGAAGAACUCCUGGAAACUGCACAUGAAGAAGCUGGCAAUACCGGAGUUGGUAUCGGUACAAGUGCUGCCAACGUGUCCCCUAAUUUUCAUCAUUCUGGUGGUUCCUCACGGAAUAAUGCGCAGGUACCAAGUGGAAUUUUUGGUGGUCACAAGUUUCCUGUUGGUACUAAAGUUCAAGCCGUUUAUAGUGAAGAUGGCGAGUGGUAUGAUGCAACAAUAGAGGCUCUUACACCAAAUGGAUAUUUGGUUGCAUACAACGGGUGGGGAAACAAGGAAGAGGUUGAUCCGGAUAAUGUUAGGGCUUUAGAGGAUGUGACUGUUGAUCCACUGCUGGAGGCUGAGAAGGAAGCAGAAGCCACAAAGCAAGCUCUUAAACGUAAGAUCGCUCAAGCUGCUAAUGCUGAUGUGGACUUCCAGUCUAAAAGCUUGCCGGCAAAACUUCGUAUCGAACCAGAAGACCCUGAGGAUGUGAAAGCUGCUAAGCGUAAGAAGAUACAUGCAUUCAAGUCGAAGAUGCGAAAGGAGCAAAUUGAGGUUACACAGAAUAAGAGACAAAAUGCAUGGCAACAAUUUCAAACAACCAAAGGUCGUGCCAAGAAGAUUGGGUUCUUUUCGGGUCGCAAGCGGGAAAGCAUAUUCAAGUCACCAGAUGACCCAUUUGGUAAGGUGGGUGUGACCGGAAGCGGGAAAGGUCUGACUGAUUUUCAAAGAAGGGAAAAGCAUCUUCAUCUUAAGGGAGCUAAUGCUGAGAACACUGACGAUUAGAAGAUAAGUAGCUUCUGCUGCACUACUUUCUUUAGUCUUGUCUUGGUUUACUUGUAGAGCAAGGAACAAACUUCUCUUUGGAUGGUGAAUUUGUCUUGAAGUUGAAGUCAACUUUUGCUAGAUGCAUGUGUACUUUAUUUAAUAGCUUAUGUCAGGCUUAUCUAGUUUUACCAUAUAUCAAAGGUCUGCUCCGGUAAUAAUAUACAUUUUUUCUUUUAUUUUUUAAUGUACAACGUCAUCAAAGAGCUGCUUUAUGAUUCAUGUAGUACGCCCUCGGUUUGCAGUAAUUCACUUUGAUUUGA